CAAAAUUAAUUCCACGAGGCUUCCGGAACGCGUCACUUCCGGCUACGUUUUUGAAAUUUCUGCGUUACCCGGUGCACAAACGUGUUAGUUUUUUUUUUUUUACAUUUAAAAUAGAAUAUACUAUUAUUAGUUGGUACAGUGUGAGUGGUGCGAUGGACAUUCAAGCUAUGGAGCCGAUGUCUCUGGGUUCUCCUUCGUCCCCAAAGCCUGUGGGUGGAGCUCAGUUCCUCCCCGGAUUCCUGAUGGGUGACCUGCCUGCUCCUGCUACACCACAGCCCAGACCCCUAACCCUGAGUAUGGGUGGAGCCGAGACCAGAGCCCUGCCUUUCACAGGUGUAUCAGGUGGUUCUCCUCCUCAGCCGGUGGUUCCUACUCCUAAAGAUAAAAGCGGUGCUCCACCUGUGAGGAGUAUCUAUGACGACCUGUCCAGUCCUGUGGUGGGGUUCUCCCCGCUCACAUCACGCAAACAGGCGUUCUCCGUGAUGCACACUCCUCUGUCCGGUGUGGCUGGAACUCCAGGAUCCGUAGGCAGUGUGUUCAGCCCCGCCUCUUUAGGGCAGGUGAAGAGCACCCUGUCACCUGCACAGGUAGACCCAUUCUUCACCCAGGGAGAUGCCCUGUCCUCUGAGGACCAACUCGAUGAAACCUGGAUCACUGUCUUCGGGUUUCCCCCAGUCUCCGCCUCCUACAUCCUGCUGCAGUUCGCUCAGUAUGGGAACAUCCUCAAACAUGUGAUGUCUAACUCAGGAAACUGGAUGCACAUUCAAUAUCAGUCCAAACUGCAGGCCAGGAAAGCGCUUAGUAAAGAUGGCAAGAUAUUCGGAGAAGCCAUCAUGAUUGGAGUCAAGCCUUGCAUCGAUAAGAGUGUGAUGGAGUGCUCAGACAGGAGCAGUGCUGCAGUGUUCACUCCUCCGGUGAAGAACAGUAACAGUGUGGCCUCCAUCUCCACACCACGAUCAUCCAUGAGACCCCUCAGCACACCACUCGCACACAGCAACGCCGACUAUCAGGUGGUGUCUGACAAAGGGACCCCGCGGAAAGAUGACAGCUUUGUGUCCAAAGCCAUGGAGUACAUGUUCGGUUGGUGAUGGAGGUGUGAGUUCGGUCACAUAGAGCACUUUAUUGUACGCUGGAUCCCGAUAAACAAGGACGGACACACACACACACACACACACACACACACACACACACACACACACAGAGAAGGGUGUGAUAGCUUAAUCCUGGUGCUCAGAGACACUCAGAGAUAUCUCUAAUCACAGUUGUAAUGACCUCAUCACCGAUCCUUUUAAUCCUCUGUAAUAGUGUUUUUUAACCACAUGUGCAUUCAGAACUUUAUCAUUACAUUCACACUGUUUUGUAUUUUGUAUCCUCUCUCUCUUCUGUACCGAUGUUGUGUAAAUAAAUAUCUCUUUAUCUAGCCAGUUUGUGAGAGAAUUCAGUGAGAGGAAGUUAAGAGACUGCUGUUGCUUGUAGCAGAACUUCAGUGUUUCAGGCAGGAAUGCUUUGUUAAAAAUUUCACAGAGUAGUUGUGUGUUUGCUGAAAUGAUUUUAUUUCUGCAGCACAUCACUUUCAGAGUUAUACACUGCACAUUGUGAAUAAUCCCAUGCACAGAUAGUGCUGCUGAAUACAAGAUCGAGAGGAAAACCACAUUAUUGUAAAUCAAGAGAAAAUUAUCGUUCCUCAGAUAUUUUCAGGAAAUUGCAAUUUUCAUGGAUUUACGUUAUUGCAAAGAUCCGAACCACAGCAUACGGCUUUCUGGUACUUCAAACACUCAGCCCGAGUUCCACAUUUCUUUUGAACGAAUAAA